AGUUUGUAUUGAUUGCGCUGCAAGUUAUUGAACAGAUAAUGUUAGGCUACGUGCGCCUUUCAGCUCGUGUGUUCAGGAGGUCAGGGUACUGGACAGCUCCUUGCCUAAAUCAGACGGGAGGAGCCAAGCGUGGACCACUAUGCAGUCUCCUCUAUCACACAAAAACCUCCGGUCUGAAUAGCUACACUGCCGUCUUUAUUCCAGUAAAUAUAGUGCCAUGCUUGGACGCAUCCAAUAUGACUGACUAGCUAGGGGAACAACUAAGCGACAUAGGAGAAGAAGAAUGCUGAAAAUCAGUAUGUGCCUGAGAACAUUUGGGUUAUUUCUGGUCUUGAGUGUUGCCAUCACUAAAGCUUUUGAAUGCAGCGCAGGGUGCAAUCCUGAACACGGCUACUGUGAAAAGCCUGGGGAAUGCAGAUGCAAACCAGGCUGGCAGGGGGUAACAUGCAAACAGUGCAUGCCCUUCCCUGGCUGUCUUCAUGGCACUUGUGAGAAAGCAUGGCAGUGCAUCUGUGAAGAGGGCUGGAUGGGGAGCCAGUGUGACCAAGACACCAACCAGUGCUCAUCUAAACCAUGCACUGAUAACUCCACAUGCAUUCAAACUGGCCAGGGAGGAUACCUCUGCAUUUGUCUGCCUGGUUACACAGGAGAGAGCUGCCACCUGAAAAAGGGACCAUGUCUAACAAACGGCUCUCCCUGCCAAAACGGUGGCACCUGCGCCGACGCCGAUGGCUUGGCAGCCUACCCCUCCUGCUCCUGUCCCCUCGGAUUCGCUGGAGACUUCUGUGAGAUUGACACUGACAGCUGUGAUCCCAACCCCUGCCUCAACGGGGGCAACUGCACCGACUACGGUCCUGCGUUCACCUGCACCUGCCCCGCGGGCUUCGACGGCCCCACCUGCAACAACACCCAUGUGGACCCCCUCUCCCCCUGUGCUAGCACCCCCUGUGGGAACGGGGGCACCUGCGUGGUGGGGAGCCAAACGAACAGGACUGGGGCGUACCAUUGUCUGUGCCUCCCAGGGUGCACCUUUACUGGGCAUGAAUGUAUGCCUACCCAGCAGCCACACAGGCCCAAAGGCAAACUCAGGCCGGCCAAACUCUCCGGCAUGGGUCUUUCCCCACAACACUACAGCAUACCUGCCCACGCCUUCCAGAAACUACUAAGGCCCCCCGAGAGGGACCUUCUCAAGAUCCCCAUGAAGGAGACGGUUCACUCGACCUCUGCCGCCAGCCUGGUCACCCGCAGUCAGCUCAUCUGUUUCGGGAUGCUGGGCCUGCUCACCUGCCUGGUGAUCCUGGGAACCACAGGUAUUGUCUUCUUCAACCGCUGCGAGACGUGGAUGGCCAACGCCAAGUACAGCCAUCUGGUGCGCCAGCAGAGAGAACAUCUGUUGAGAGCCAAUUACGGUGAGGAUGAGGGGGGCCACUCUGUCAACAUCAUCCUCCCUGAGAAGAUCAAGCUCACCAGCUUUGGGAAACACUACACAUCUAUCUGACAUGUUGGUCUUUCGACUGACCGUCUGCAUAAGGAGUGUGUUUGAGUGUGCAAGGACACCUACAAAACCAGUGAAGGAGGUCAUGGAUUUCAAAUAGAUUUUUAAAGAGAAAACGGAGGUUCCCUCUCUGAAAAAUGCAGUUAUUCUAUUCUAAUGUGAUCCACUGUAUGUGGAACUUUCCUCAAAUAAGAGGAUUGAGGACUUAACCGUGUCCUGAUACUAAGAUGUACAGGUACUGUACCUGGAGAAGAAGGUCAAGAAUGUGUGCCUGCCGAAUUUCAGGACAUCCACAUCGUUUUUAUUUCUUUCAGAUGUUACCUUAUGACAUAGAAGGGCUUUUAAAGCAAAGUAACCAAAACAACUGAUUUAAUUAUUCAAUGUUUGAUGCUGCAAGCUUUUGAUCUGAACUAAUUGAAUGUUUUACUUUCCUCCUUUAUACUGUAGACAAUUAUGCAUCAAAUCGUGUUCAAAUUUCAGACUUUAAGUUACAAUUACAAUUGGCUAAUCCUGUUGUCGAUAUGCUGAUAUUUUGGACUAGGACCAGUCAGUGCUUUUGAGGGUUUGAUUCUAUUUAUAUUCAGAUUGCUGUACUUGUUUGUCUUCUACGUAUUGUUAUUAGUGGAGUACAUUUGCUUUUACAUUUCAAGUGAACCACAUUUUUGCAUUUAUACUGCUUUUUAGUUUUGAUUGAUUGAAUCUUAUUAUACAAAUAUUAUCCAAAAAUCAACAAGUAUUGUCAAUCUGUAAUGAACAUAAUACAAUUGUUACGUACCACCAGUAGUGGAUGCUAUAGUACUUUAGAUAUGUAUCCCAUUUUAUGUCUAAAUAAGUAUUAUUUCAAAGCACUCAACUCUAUAAUUCAGCAAGUGUAUUUACAAAUAUUAAUGUGACUGCAAACUCCUGCUUUGAACAAAUCUCCAUCCAAUUUCUGAUAUGAGUUCAUACCACAACACAAACAUCGACCCCUGCAGUAUGUUUGAGGGCAAAAUAUGAUUAACUGUGGGUGGCUUUAGUUUACUUUUCCAGGCCAAGAAAAUGUGGGUUGGAGCCAUUAAUCACUGGAAAUGUCAACAACAAAAAUAGGAUCUUGUGUUUGUGUGGUUGGGGAACCGGCAGGAAAUUGGGUACCCAAUUUUCACUCUCUAAAGUAUUCUGCCACAUGUCAUUCAUUUCAAACCAUAAACAUUGCAUAAAACACAAGUCGUACUCUUAUUGGUAACAUUUGGUUAAUUAUAACCCACCGGUCAAAGACCUGACGUCAACAUCAAAUCAACAUUCAUAUUUAGUUUUAACCAGGUUUAAUUAAAACGUGAUUUCACCUUGAAAUAAACCAAACCUUGAAAUCCUGUAAUUGAUUUGUGGUUGAAAUAUAGGUAAAAAUGUUGACAAAACAUUUAAAAAAAUAAUUAAAAAAGCAUUGAUAUUCAUCGUCAGGUGCGUUGAAAUAGGACUUUCACAGAACGUUAAUUCAGUGGUUUUGCCAGAUGGGAAAGGGCUUCUUAUCCAUCCUCGGUACAUGUUACAGUGCUAUGUGCUUUUACUGUGGUUUGGUAGAAUAUUGCUUAUUGUGUUUUUCUUGAGCUUUGACAAUAAAAAUAUAAACCAGUACCUA